AUGGCUAAUUUUGUUGUGGGUGGAUGGAUGAGUGAAUGGCCAAUUUUCAUAAUUGGAUGGAAUGAUUUUGCGUUUUUCCGAAUCUUUUUGGAAAAUUGUGUAUCAAUAUAUCAACCAACCCUAAUGGAUAAAAGAAAAAUACUCAAUGAUGCUACAGAGUGGUUCCUGGAUACUUUUCGAGACAUAACCACUUAUGAAACAGCAUAUAACUAUGCAGAAUGGACAUUGUAUGCAUGCCCAUUCAUAAAAACAGAAGAGCAUUUCUUAUUCGCUUCAAAGUUGGCUAUCAUGAUGGUUAUGGCGGAUGAUUCAUUUGAUGAACAGGAAUUCAUUGUGUUCUACAACUACCUGAAAACAUCCGUUGUCAACGAACCCAGUACUUUUGUUUCAGCUAUCAUCAAAUUAUUUGCUGAUUUCAAAAAGGUGGCAGUUCACGAAGAAAAUUAUAAUUACAUGGUCGAAACCGCUGUUGCAUUCAUCGAAUCUAGCAAAGGAAAAAAAUCAAAUGACGUGAUGGAUUGUAUCCUUGAUACAAGUAUGAUACCAUUUUAUAUCAUCAGCCUUGAUUCCAAUGAAAUCCUUGCUGAUAUGAGUAACGACAAAAUGUUUGAAGGUGCAUAUGGUACGCGUAUUGAUAACGACUUGCUCUCGUACCCAAAAGAUAGUAUAUCAAAUUACAUGACAGAUCAUUCGAACCCAUUACAUGCUGGCAGAUCCAUCGAAGAUCAGAUCAGUAUUGUCAAGAAUCACUAUACAGUCCAAUUGACGCAACUCGCUCCAUCUCUUGAGGAUGCUAUUUGCUUGCAAGGACGCAUCGGUAGUCUUCUUUGGUCAUUAUUUACAAAGAGAUAUGGAUGUAUCCUUAAGACAGUUUAUGAAGAUAAUCAGACAGUGGCAAACAUUAGAAAUUCCAUCCAAAAAAAUGUCAACAUUUCUGAUAAAAAGCAUUAUUAUUUGUAAGCGGUAUAUCACUUUAUUCCAAAUAAGGGACCUUGUUGAAAGUGGCGCAUUGGUGUCCCUGACUGCCUGUUUAGGAAGUUGCGUAUAAAAAUAAAAAUAGAC